AUGAAUGUUACAAGGCUUGGGAACGGUGUGUGCCACGUGGUGGCGAUGCCGUACCCUGGAAGAGGGCACGUUAACCCCAUGAUCAACUUUUGCAAAAUCCUCGUAUCAAAAACGCCCAACGACAUUCUCAUAACCUUUGUGGUCACGGAGGAGUGGCUCGGUUACAUCGGCGCCGAUCCCAAGCCGGACGCCAUCCGCUUCGCCACUAUUCCCAACGUUGUCCCGUCCGAGCGCCAGAGAGCCGCUGACUUUCCAUCCUUCUACGAAGCCGUCAUGAUGAAGAUGGAAGCGCCGUUCGAGCGGCUUCUUGAUCUGCUUGAGCCGCCGCCGACUGUCAUCAUUGGCUGUGUUGAGCUCCGGUGGCCCAUCGCACUCGCCAAUCGGAGGACUAUUCCGGUGAAGGCGUUUUGGACCAUGUCGGCGUCGUUUUGCUCCAUGCUACAUCACCUUUAG